AAUCAACAUCCUCAUCGCUUCAUCAAGAUGAUCUCACAGCCAUUUUAGAUCGUCUUGUUCACCUCGUCUUCGAUCAUCAGUGGGAUUCUAGACAGGACCCUACUUUCCUGUUACAGGCAGAAGUGAUAAAUAAGUAAAAAUAGAAAGAGAAUGAAUUGUUGUAGGAAUCUGAUAAAGGCUGCGAAUUUGCAUCUGAACCGUGUGGGAAGUGGCGGUCUCCAUCAAAGUAGGCACCUUUCAUCCUCUUCCCAUCAUCAUGUAUUAACGGAGGAUCUAAAGUCAACUUUCCUUAACGUUUAUCCGACCCUCAAGUCCGACCUUCUUCAUGACCCUUCCUUCGAAUUCACCGAUGAGUCUCGUCUCUGGGUUGAUAGGAUGCUUGAUCACAACGUACCUGGAGGGAAGCUCAAUCGGGGUCUCUCCAUCGUGGAAAGCUUCAAGCUUUUGAAGGAAGGCAAAGAUUUGACGGAGGAAGAGAUUUUCCUCUCAUGCGCCCUCGGUUGGUGCGUCGAAUGGCUUCAUGCUUAUUUCCUUGUGAUUGAUGACAUUAUGGAUAACUCUGUCACCCGCCGUGGCAAGACUUGCUGGUUCAGACUCCCUCAGGUUGGUAUGGUUGGCAUCAAUGACGGGAUUCUAAUUCGCAAUCACGUUCACAGGAUUCUCAAGAAGCACUUCCUGGGAAUGCCUUUCUAUUUUGACCUCCUUGAUCUCUUUAAUGAGGUAGAGUUUCAAACAUCUUCUGGCCAGAUGAUAGAUAUGAUCACCACCGGCCACAAGGAUUUGGCCAAGUACUCCUUACCAGUCCACCGUCGUAUUGUCCAGUACAAAACGUCUUAUUGCUCAUUUUAUCUCCCUGCUGCUUGUGCUUUGCUUAUGGCUGGCGAGAAUUUGGAGAACCAUGUUGAUGUGAAGAAUGUUCUCGUUGACAUGGGAAUCUACUUCCAAGUGCAGGAUGACUACCUGGAUUGUUUUGCUGAUCCCGAGACGCUUGGCAAGAUCGGAACGGAUAUAGAAAAUUUCAAAUGCUCCUGGUUGGUGGUCAAGGCAUUGGAACGCUGCAGCAAAGAACAAACUGAGAUAUUAUAUGAGAACUACGGUAAACCCGACCCAUCAAACGUUGCUAAAGUGAAGGAGCUCUACAAAGAGCUUGACCUUGAGGGAGUGUUCAAGGAGUAUGAGAGCAAAACCUACGAGAAGCUGAUUGGAGCGAUUGAGGCUCACCAAAGUAAAGCAAUCCAAGCAGUGCUAAAAUCCUUCUUGGCUAAGAUCUACGAGAGGCAGAAGUAGUGUCUAAGCUCUCCUAAAUUUCCUGUUAUGUCUUUGAUUCUUCUUUGGUGCUUUGUGUAAUUCUGUUAAGUGCUCUGAUUUCAGUGGAAAUAAAUCUGCCUUUUUUGUGAAACCUGGGAAUAAAUCUGCCUCAUUCCUUAAAUUAAGUUGUGAAUUUCUCUUUUA